AUGCACCAUCGUGUCGCUCACUACAUUGCUAGAGUCCCGCCCGGGCUGCACCCUCGCAGCGACUGCGAGCCUUCUGACCCUCAGAAUACCGUCACUGACCGACUGAACACGCUGCUCAACUCAUCCGGGCCUGGAUAUACGCUACCGUUAUGCCCUAGCACUCAGUACUACAUCACGGCCCCUUUAACGUUUACUGCACACGACCAAGAGAUUAGCACCGUCGGAUACCCGACCGGAGACGAACGCGCAACAUUAGUUGUAUCCGGAGAAGUAGUCAACAAUACUGGACAAACAUCUGCUAUCGUCGGGAAUUGCGCGGACUGUGACGGGAUCAAGUUGCGCAAUAUCCAAAUCAAUGGGUCUCGCUUGGGCGGGAGCGAAAUAGCCGGUGGAGCCAACAUCGAGAUGGGUGGUGAUAAUUCUGGUCAACUGAUCGAAUAUGUCCGCUCGUUUGACCCCAGAGGCUGGUCGUGUCUACAUGUCGCAGAAGGCACCUUCCAGUGCACCAAUGCGACUGUUCAGAACAAUGAUAUUGGUCCAUGCGGAAAUGAUGCAUUCCAACAGUGGUCAGAUGGUCUCAGUAUAAGCUGCAUGAAUACCCUGGUACGCAACAACAUGGUUAACAACCCAACGGAUGGUGGUAUCGUCGUUUUUGGUUCUCCUGGUACUCUAGUUGAGAAUAACACGAUAUGGGUGGAGAACAACACACUUCUAGGUGGAAUCAAUAUGGUAGAUUAUGAACCAUGGAAGGGUAAUUUUACGAACACGAUUGUACGAAACAACACUAUACGAGGCGGCUUUGCCACCAGCAAGGAACUUUCUAACCAAACAUACGGCACUAAUAAGGACGAUGUGAUCAUCAAGAUUGGUAUUGCCAUUGGUCCACGCACCUGGUUCGGCAAUGAAUACGGGAAUAAUGUCAGUGCCUCAGGCACCGUUCUCAACAAUCAGCUCACAGGCGCAUUCGGGUAUGCCAUUGCGAUGUCCUCCGCAUACAACUUCACUGUCGAAAACAACGUCCUGGUCGGGAACACGACUUUUAUUGGCGCCCGCGGUCCAAAUUGCACCGCGAGCGACGCGGUCCCGACGCCCACUCCGUUCGUUAUCGACCAGAAUAACGUCCAACUCUCCACCGAACAGUUUGACUUCCAGAAUGUCAGCGACGGCGACAGUUUGACAUGUAUUCUCCCUCCGGAAGGCGGUGACUACUGGCCCUUCGGUGGCAACCCGGCAAAUCCGUCCCCGCUACCCUCGUCUCCGUCGAGCAAUCACGGUUUGUCGUCCGGCGCGAAGGCAGGCAUUGCUAUUGGUGUUAUCCUCGGCGUUGUUGCAAUUGCGGUGGCGACGUACUUCACCAGGCGAUGGGCUCUCCGACGCGCUGCGGCCAAAGCCAAUCCCUGGCGACAAAAAUACUGA